GCGGGCGGGGCUGCGGCGGGCGUCCGUGAGUGUGCGCUUUUGAGCGGCGGCGAGAGCUCCGCGCCCCGCCGGCAUGAGCUACGACCGCGCCAUCACCGUCUUCUCGCCCGACGGCCACCUCUUCCAAGUGGAAUACGCGCAGGAGGCCGUCAAGAAGGGCUCGACUGCGGUUGGUGUUCGAGGAAGGGACAUUGUUGUUCUUGGUGUGGAAAAGAAAUCAGUGGCCAAACUACAAGAUGAAAGAACAGUGCGCAAGAUCUGUGCUUUGGACGACAAUGUCUGCAUGGCCUUUGCAGGCCUCACUGCCGAUGCACGGAUAGUCAUCAAUAGGGCCCGAGUGGAGUGCCAGAGCCACCGGCUGACUGUGGAGGACCCUGUCACGGUGGAGUACAUCACCCGCUACAUUGCCAGCCUGAAGCAGCGUUAUACACAGAGCAAUGGGCGCAGGCCGUUCGGCAUCUCUGCCCUCAUUGUGGGUUUCGACUUUGAUGGCACCCCCAGACUCUAUCAGACUGACCCCUCGGGCACAUACCAUGCCUGGAAGGCCAAUGCCAUAGGCCGGGGUGCCAAGUCAGUGCGUGAGUUCCUGGAGAAGAACUAUACCGAUGAGGCCAUCGAGACAGAUGAUCUGACCAUCAAGCUGGUGAUCAAGGCCCUCCUGGAAGUGGUCCAAUCAGGUGGCAAAAACAUUGAACUUGCUGUCAUGAGGAGAGAUCAGCCCCUUAAGAUUCUCAAUCCUGAAGAAAUUGAGAAAUACGUUGCUGAAAUUGAAAAAGAAAAAGAAGAAAAUGAAAAGAAGAAACAAAAGAAAGCAUCGUGAUGAAGAAAUCUCUCUUGCUUAGAACAGCUUUUAAACUUGGUCACUGAUGAGUCUCUGUGGGCGUUUCCAUUCAUCCACCUGUCUGGGAUGUCAAGAGUACCCAAUAAACUUCCGUAUUUUUUAGCCUUU